AUGGCAAACUCGUCGAGCACAAAAGUCGAAGAUUCGAGCUUCUCGCCGUCGAAGGUGUUGAAUGAACGACAAACCGAUUGGAAAUCGAUGUGGAUUUCAAUAUUCCUUCAAUUUCUCGUCGGCGUCCAAAUUUCUGUCUAUUAUAUGUCAAUGUGGCCAUACUUAAGCGGACUCGAUAAAACCGCCGACGUCGAUUUUCUCGGAUGGGUGGUGGCUUCUUGCAGCAUCGGAUGCACUAUCGCGAAUCCUCUGUAUGGAUACUGGAAUCAAAGGACAAUGUCGGUUACAUGGCCGUCGAUUACGGGAUUCGUUAUUGCAGCCAUAGGGCAAUUUUGGUACGCAUUAUUGUCACUGUUUCCAAAUGUGAAAUGGUACAUGAUGGGUGCGAGAUUCUUGACGGGACUCGGAGUUGGCAACAUUUCCGUACUUCGCGUGUACGGAGCAACGGCUUCAACUCCCAAAGAUCGCAUGAAGGCGAUUUCAUAUGGAACCGGUGGAUUUGUUCUCGGAAUAUCCUUCGGACCUGUCAUAUCGGCCGCCUUCACACCAAUCGGUGAAAUCGGCAUUGAAUUGGGAAGCUACCACCUCAAUAUGUAUACCGUUGUUGCAUUCUUGAUGUCGAUCGUCUAAAACGAAAAUGUUGAAAUUCCAAAUUUCGAUAUUAUCGGCGCCCUCACUUGUAUUUAUCUUUUCAUGAUUGUCAAUAUCAUUGCAACAAAUAUCGAAGUAAUGUCGACGCCUCUAACCACUGUGUUGUAUGAUUGGAAUGAUAGUCAAUCGAUUCUCUACAAUGGAAUCGCUUUAUGCUUGAGUUGCAUUGUCUCGGUUAUUCUGAAUAUUGUGCUUGGAAGCACAAAAAUCGGGAAAACUGACAAACGUUUGCAAAUGCUUGUCGGAUCGGCGCUCUUCUUCUCAUAUCAAGUAUUCAUGUACCCGUGGGGAUUCUAUUCGGGACCAUUGAAUUUCUUGCCGGAGAACAAGACAACCAUUGAGAUUGGCGGAUGCCUUCCUGAGUAUGAUUGGUGCAAUUACACCACGCGGGUGCCAUUCGCCAUGUACAUUUUUUGUUUUGUUGUCAUUUUCGGCGUCGCGUUUCCAUUUAUUGAAGCGCCGUCGGCCGCACUUUAUUCAGAAGUUUUGGGACCACGGAAGCAGGGUACAAUGCAAGGCUUCUUUUCAUUUGGAGGAAGCAUCGCGCCAGUCAUCGCUUCCAUUUCGACAACAUAUUUAUUCAAACAUCACGGAUAUCGUUAUGUGAUUAUCGCCCAAGGAGUCAUUCUCAUCAUCGGCGCCGCUCUCAUCCUCAUAUUCUACAAAAGGCUUGUGCCACUCAAGCUGAUAUCAAAGAAUAGCCAAAAUAACAUUGAGAUGAGUGAAAGGCAACAAAAAGAGCCCGAAAAUGGCUUUAAAUCGAAUAGUAACGAAGUCGACAAGAUAUUUGAAAACAGACAUACUGAUUGGUUCUCGAUGUGGUUGGCAAUUGCAAUGCAGACGGUUUGCGGCCUUCAAUUAUCAGUUCAUUUCAUGUCAAUGUGGCCUUAUAUGAAAGAGAUGGAUUCCGAAUCAACCGUCGAUUUCCUUGGAUGGGUCAUUGCUGCCGGCAGCAUUGGAUGCACUAUUGCGAACCCAUUAUUUGGCUAUUGGAACGAGAAAACGAUGUCAGUUCGUUGGCCAAUCAUCACUGGAUUCAGUUUGGCCACCGCCGGCCAACUGAUCUACGCGCUGGUGAAAUUCAUUCCGACGAAUCGACGCUACUAUCUAAUGGUCGCGCGAUUUUUGACGGGUUUCGGCGUCGGCAAUGUCGCUGUUCUUCGUGCCUACGCGGCGACGGCUAGUAUUCCGCGCGAUCGCAUGAAGGCGAUCUCGCUUGGAGCCGCCGGCUUCGGCUUCGGCUUCUCAGUGGGACCUGUCGUUUCGUCGAUGUUCACCCCACUCGAUAAAACCGGCUUCGAUUUGCUCAGCAUUCCGAUCAAUAUGUUCACAUGUCCCGCAUUCCUAAUGGCCGCUGUUUGCCUUUUCAUUAUUCUAAGCGCCCUUCUAUUAUUCCGUGAAAGUUAUGUCGGAAUCAUAAGUAAAAACGACAGCGAUGUUCAAGAUGGGGUUGAAGUGCCCGAAUAUGAUCGAACGCCGGCGUUCAUUUGCAUCUACAUCUUCAUGAUUGCCACCGUCAUCGCGACCAAUGUCGAAAUAAUGUCAACACCAUUGACGUCAAUAUUGUAUGAUUGGCCUGAUGCGCACUCAAUUCUCUACAAUGGUCUCGCGAUUUUUGCGAGCAGCAUGCUGGCAGCGAUUAUUAGUAUUAUUUUAGGAACAACCCGCUUGGGAAAACUCGACAAACGAAAUCAAAUGCUUUUCUCGAUAUCAAUGUUUAUGCUAUAUCAACUCGCAAUGUACCCAUGGCCAUUUUAUCCGGGACCACUGAAAAUGCGAACGAAAGACUCUGAUGUGGGCUGUCCCGAAGUUUAUGAGUGGUGUCGGGACACAACACGAGUCCCGAUGCCAGUAUUCUUCUUCUGCUUCAUCGUCUUCUUCGGUGUUGCUUUCCCGUUCGCCGAGGCUCCCGCUUCAGCAUUAUUUUCCGAAAUACUUGGUCCACGAAAACAGGGAUUUAUGCAAGGCAUCUUCUCGGUUGGCGGCAGCGCGGCGCCCAUCAUCGCAUCAUUGUCGACAUCCUAUAUGUUCCAACACACUGGCUAUCGUUAUGUAAUUUUAUCACAAUUUUUUAUAUUAUUCUUUGGAUUCCUAUUAAUUGGCUCAUUUUAUAACAAACUCGUACCAUUGAAACUCGUUAUUAAAAAUAAGAAAUCAACGGAAUCGCAAGAAAGCGUCUGA